UCUUCUGACCAUCUAAUCGUGUGUAUCAAAUUAGUCACUACUAGUAGCUAUUGACCUAGCAAAUACUUGAAAAAGAUGUUGAAAAGAUGUAGAAAAGGAACAGACAUCUCAACAACACUGAGAUUUGGUUGAAAGGUGAAAAGCGUCUAUGCGCCAUUUCCUACACCACAUGACGCUUUGCACGAAUUAUGGGAGCAAUGUCCAUUGGUGAUAAACAACUGUAACUGGUUACAAAAACACCCAAGAGUAAGUCACUUCUUUAUUUGCUUGUAAAAUAUUCUACAGUGCAUUUUCUAUGUUUAUUGAUAAAUUAAGCAUGGUAAAAAAAAAAGGAUCGCAGCCCUUUUCAAGUAAGCAUGUAAUGUAUCGGUCGCCAUGACAAGGGAAAUACAUGCAACGUCAUAAAUGUAUUAUAUACAGGGGUUUUUUGACAGGUUGUGUCAUAUGUCUAAAGUGUUUACAUAUUUAAAGCAUUUUGUUAUCAAUUUUGUGUUAACCAGCUAAAGAAGUUCAAGUUGUGUGAUUUUAUUUUUUUUAAGACAGAUUUUUUUCAAUUGAAAAGUCUCUUGGCAUUGCUCAACCUAAACACAGAGGAAACAUGGCUCAUCCCCUUGAUCUGAGGAUUUUGUUGCUGGGUCAAAAAGGAUCAGGAAAGAGUGCAACAGGAAACACCAUUCUGGGCAGAGAUGAAUUUAGAAAAGGACUGUCUCCACAUGGCACUUCAACCUGUCAGAAACGUACUACAGUGAUUGCUGGAAGGAAACUUUCAGUAAUUGACACUCCAGAGUUGUCUGAUACAUCGAUGCCUGAAGAGGAUCUAAAAGCUGAACUAGUGAAGUGCUUCUACUUGACUGCUCCUGGACCUCACGUGUUUCUGCUGGUCAUCAGACUGGAUGACUUUAAGACGUGUAACAAGUUAAAAAACUCAGUGAAAUGGAUUGAUGAGACCUUUGGAAAAAACGCUGCACGUCACACCAUCAUUCUGUUCACUCAUGAAGAUCAGCUGAAGGGUAAAACUUUAAAUGAGUUUGUCAGAGAGAGUUCAGAUUCAUGGGCACUGAUUCACAUUAAAUAUAGGGGUAGAAUUCACUCUUUCAACAACAACAACAAAGACAAACAAUUUCAGGUCUUAAAGCUGCUAGAAAAGAUAGAUAAAUUAGUGGAGGAAAAUAAAGGAGAGUACACCAAUGAGAUAUAUAAGGAAGCUCAGAGAUGGAAUGAAUUUAAGAUUUUAAAAGACGUUAAAGCAGUAGCAAUUAGAGAAAGUGCAUAUCGAAGAGGAGCAAAAGCAGCAACGGACGCAUCAGAAGAAGCACAUGAAACAGUAAAAGAGCAUGGAAGAGCAACAAUAACUUUUGCAGAAGCAGGAGCUGCAGCAGCGGCAGCAGGAGGGGCAGCAGCAGUAGCAGCACGUAAAGGAGCAGGGGCAAUUUAUUCUUUUUUUACACAGUAUAUGUAAUGUAUAGCCUUCGAUGAUAAUACUAAACCAUUAGGUUGCACGCAUUGCAUGUACAGUGAAUUACAGUGUGGGAAACCAUGAUGUAUUUUACUCAAAGAAAACAAAAUAAAACUGACCAGAUUA